CAAAACUCCCUUUCCCUCAUUCUCAUUGUGGAGAGAGAAAGAGAGAGGAGACAGGGAGGGAAGGCGUCUGGAGAGAAAGAGGAGGGAGAUUCUAGGGCUCGUGAUUUCUCUGCGAUUGAGGUUGAAUUAGCGGUUCCUCAGAGGAGAUGGAGAGGCCGGCGGCGACAUCGCCGUCGUCGACGAAUUCGUCUGCGUUCGUGAGGUGGGAGGAGGUAUUCGUGUCCAGCGACAGAGGAAGAAGAGAAGUUCAUUAUUAUUUGAAGAGAAAGGACGGCUCUUCGGAUCUGGCUGUGAUAGGCAAAGAAAAGAGUUUGAGGCACAUGUCCUAUCAUUACGCGAUUCGAAAUCGAUCUCUUAUUUCGACUGCGCCAUCUUCCUCUUUGGUGAAGCUGCGGUCUCGAAGAGAGGUGAUUGAUUGGUUGAACUCCCUAGUUCAAGAUUUAUCUCUUCCCAAGACACCCCAACCAACUGGUCCAUCACAAAAUAAUAAAGAUGCAUAUAUUGACAGCCUUAAGGACAUUCAGUUACAAAGGUUGGGUCAUUUUACCAAAGAAUUUUUGUGGUUGGGAUCUCCAUGGACGUGCAGGAAAAGACGGAACCAUUAUCAGUCCUUUUGCCGUAAUGGAAUUAAAAUCUCAGUUCAUGACUUUGUGUAUGUACUGGCUGAAGAGGAUAAGCGUCUUGUUGCUUACUUGGAAGAUAUGUAUGAGGACUCUAGAGGCAACAGGAUGGUUGUGGUACGAUGGUUUCAUAAAAUUGAUGAGGUUGGUAUUGUUUUGCCUCUCAAUUUUAAUGACAGAGAGAUUUUCUUUUCUCUUUGUCAUCAAGAUCUCAGCAUUGAAUGCAUAGAUGGAUUGGCAACUGUCCUUGGUCCCCAGCAUUUUGAGAAAUUUCUGAAUGAGGCUACACAUACCCAGUUGGAACCAUUUGUUUGCCACAAACAGUUUGAUAAUGAUGAGGUCAAGCCCUUUGACAUAACACAGGUUAAAGGUUACUGGAAACAGGAGAUACUCAGAUAUAUGUACACUUCUACUCUAAUGCCUGAUGUAAGAUCUCAGUCAUCAGAUGAUGUUGGCGUUGAAGGAAACCUCAAUGACGCUUCAGGGAGCAGACCCAACAAGAGGCAUUGCCGGUCAGAAGAUGCUGAUGCAUGCUUGCAAUUGACUAACAAAGAAGAGUCAGUUGAUGCAUCUCGUGCAAAUUUUCAAAAUAUCAGUAACAGUUUGAUUGAUUACAGAAAUGAACCUGAAACAUGCGCUCUAAAAGAUGGCUCCGCUGUCCCUUUUAUACAUAGAAAAGAGGCUAUUAAACAAAAGCUUCCGCAGUUUUUGGCAAUAGGCUCACAAGUUGAAGUGCUCUCUCAGGACAGUGGCAUUAGAGGCUGUUGGCUUAGAGCUUUGAUCAUCAAGAAGCACAGAUGUAAAGUGAAGGUUCGGUAUCAAGAUAUUAUGGAUGCGGCUGAUGAAACUAGCAAUCUGGAGGAAUGGAUUUUAGCAUCUAGGGUUGCAGUUCCUGAUGAGUCGGGUCUUCGGAUUUGUGGGAGGACAACUGUUCGCCCACCACCCCCUGGUUCUAACAAAGGCAGAGUGUCAUGGGCUUUUGAUGUUGGCUCUGUUGUGGAUGCAUGGUGGCAUGAUGGUUGGUGGGAAGGAAUUGUAGUUCAGAAAGAAUCUGAAGACAGGAUCCAUGUUUAUUUCCCAGGAGAAAAGCAAGAAUUAGUCUUUGGUCGCAGUGACUUGAGACAUUCUGAGGAAUGGUAUGAAAACAGUUGGAAGCAUAUGAAGGAGAGGCCAGAUCUUGUGACCUCAAUAUUAUCUGGAAGAGAAUCAGCGCAUGUUGUUAGUAAGUCUUCCGAUGGCAAACUAGCACAAACUGCAAUAUGUGAUAUUGGAUGGUCAAAGAAGGAUGAAGGUGGAUGUGUAAACUCUCAGUUGGACUCAGGAAAUGAUAGAUUAAAAGGCUUGGGAUUCGUUCCAGAUCUUUUGAAGGAUGAUACGCUAUCCCAGUUGAAGUGGAAGACAUCAAGGAAGAGAAGACGGGUGAGUGGAGGCUCUGUUCAGAAGCUACACGUCAAUGUUAAUACCAGUAAAAGCGCCUCAGAAAUUAUGGGAUCUCAUGCUUGUGAUAGAUUUUUUAUUCCCAAAUCCUUGAAAGUUGAUUGUGAGAACUGCAAGUAUGUGGGGGAUUCCAUGUUUAGUUCUUCCGUUGUGCCGCCUCUAACAAACUUGGUUAUGUCUAGGUGACAAGUUGCAGAUAUGGAGUAAUUGCCCUCAAUUAGUUAUGGAAAAUUAAUGUUCAUUCUUAUAUAGUGGCAUUUUCCCUUUUUUUAAGUGCAUCAACUUGAUGCGGCUUUGUUCAUGGUUCAGCACCUGACUAAUCUUGUCCACGAGGGGAACGAUCAUUUGAGGAGUAAUGGCAUCAGCAUCCCAGUGCUUUUCCCCCUUGUAUCAAUAUAUAACACUAGCCUGAGCGUCCGAUGGUGCCAUUUCAAUCAUUGGCGGCAGUUUUGAGUGCAGUAGAAUAACCUUCUAGAGCUCUAAUUUUCUUUUCCCUGUUAUAGGAGUCACAGGCCAGUUUCUCUCACAUUGAGUGCUUGCAGGAAUAUUGCUGCUCAAUGUAAUCUGUAUAUCUCUCUUAUGUUAAUAAGGAAUUUGACUUGGGCCAAAUUUUUUUA